AUGGACCGCGACCGCAACAACUCGCUGCUGCUGGAGCUGCAGAAGGCCGACGGCACCGGCAACAGCCGCUGCGCCGACUGCGGGCAGCCAGAUCCACAGUGGGCUUCUUACAGACUUGGAAUAUUCCUUUGUUUAAAUUGCACUGGAAUCCACCGCAGUGUUCCCCUACUCAACAGGGUCAAAUCGCUUCAGCUUGACUUCUGGGAGACUGACCAGAUAGAGUUUAUGAAGGAGCACGGGAAUCUCUGUGCCAAAGCUAUAUAUGAGGCGAAUGUCCCUCCCUACUAUUACAUCCCCCAGUCUCAUGACUGCUGGAUUUUAAAAGAGCAAUGGAUUAGAGCUAAAUAUGAGCGUCAGGAAUUUGUUGCCGCCCGAAUCUGCCAAGAUCCUUGUUCUGCAGGUACCCGUGAAGGAUUCCUCUGGAAGUGUGGGCGGAAAAUCAAACGGUUCCGGAAGAGGCGAUUUGUCCUGUCAGCAAGGGAAGGGGUAAUGAAGUACUACACCAAAUUCGGAGAUCCAAAAGCCAUUGUCAGCAUUGAGGAUCUGAAUGCAAUGUUCCAGACACAGAAAAUGCAACACGCUCAUGGGCUGCAGAUCACAUACAGUGCAGAUGGUCAAACAAGGAACCUUUUUGUCUAUCAUGAAAGUGGACAGGAGAUCGUUGACUGGUUCAAUGCCAUUCGAGCAGCACGUUACCAUUAUCUCAGAACAUCCUUCCCAGCUUUCCCUGAGACUGAGCUCAUACGCAGGAUCACAAGAAGUUACAUCAAAGAAGGAUAUAUGGGGAAAACUGAACCAAAACAAAAGGAGACCUUUGAGCAGCACUGGUUCUGCCUGGACUCCCAAAAAAGGACCCUGCAGUACUUUAAAGAUCCGCUGGACACGUUUGCACAGGGCCAGGUUUUUAUUGGGACGAUGGGUGAUGGAUACGAAGUGCGAGCUGGCUUCCCCGAGGGAGUCCGGGUGGAGAAGAGGAAACCAGCGAUCACCGUGGUCACACCAGAGAGAGCGUUUGUGUUUAUGUGUAACAACGACCUGGAGCAGCAGGAAUGGAUCAACGCCUUAAGAGGACUCAUUGAGAAAAACACAUGGUGA